GUCGGUGCCGUCGCCGGGCGUGAUGAGGGCCGCUCUUGAGUUUGGCCGCGACAGGCCGACGCUCGGCCUCAGAUGGUCGGUACUUAUGACGCUUACAUUUAUGGUCGUUUUAGGGGCGGCCAACCCUGACGCUAAACGCCUCUACGACGACCUACUGAGCUCUUACAACCGACUUAUACGACCAGUCAGUAACAACAACGAGACCAUCACUGUUUGGAUGCGACUGCGGCUAUCUCAGCUCAUUGAUCUGAACCUGCGAGAACAAAUCAUGACCACGAAUGUCUGGGUCGACCACGUGAGUAAACAUCUGACGUUAACAUUCAUCGCAAUGUUCACCCAGUCAAGUGACGUUGAACAACACAUCUACUUCAACAUGACGCUGCGCCGCAAGACGCUCUUCUACACCGUCAACCUGAUCAUCCCAUGCGUGGGGCUGGAGAUCCUCUCAGUACUCGUGUUCUACCUACCUGCGUACUCUGGGGAGAAGGUGGCACUCUGCAUCAGCAUCUUGCUCUCCCAGACUAUGUUCUUCUUGCUCAUAUCUGAGAUUAUUCCCUCCACUUCACUGGCCUUGCCACUGCUGGGCAAAUAUCUUCUCUUCUCCAUGCUGCUCGUGGGACUCAGUGUUUUGGUCACCAUCAUUGUGCUCAAUAUUCAUUACCGUAACCCGUCCACUCAUCGCAUGGCGCCGUGGGUGAAAAAGUUGUUCAUCUGCAAGAUGCCGGCGUUCCUGUUGAUGCGCGUGCCGGACCAGCACCUAAAUGAGGGCAGCCCUCAGACACAGCAGGAGGACGAGGACGAAGAAGGCGAUGAGGGAGACUCACCUCGCCACGACGACGAAGAGCUCGACGAAACAGGAGCUGCAUCGCCCCUGCCUCAUGAAAACGGUGGUCGUGCAGCUGGCUUUGGCGAACGUCGCGCAGUGCCCUCCUACAUCGACACCCCCUACGAGGGGAUGCGUUCACACUCCCUCGAAGACGUGUCCAUUGAGGUGCCUGGAAUCCCCCCUCCUCCCAUCCUUUCCAGGAACUAUAAGAAUCUUUUGACUCCCCCCGCCACAAACAAAAAUGGUCGUCCUCCCAAAGGAGAAGGAAGAAUCGGCAGUUAUAUUGUAGAGAAAAGAUAUAAUGAGGACUCCCGUGGGGGAGGGCGGGGAGAAGACACGAUCUCUCAGGGGUCCGCAGGGACGAACAAGGGCGGAAGUCGAAGUGGAGGUUUGAAUGGAAACCCCAACAAAAUAAACAAGUUUUUCACUAGAGACCAAGAUGGCCGUCAGAACCGCCAAAACAACAACAGGAACGCGACGUCGGAUCAUAGCCGGUCGGCUGCAGAUCUUGACCGGCAUCACGCAGAUCGCGGCCGAAGCGCAGCAGAUCGUGACCGACGUAAGAGUUCAACCGAUGCAAAUAAAAACCCGAUGUUUCCACCACGGUUUCCCCCAAUGGGAAAUAAACGUAACGGGGGGAAUGGGUCCGCAAAGAGGAUCAUUUCCACUGGUAGACUGGUGCUGGAUGCCUCGUAUGACGAGCUCCCCGAGUGUUUCCACGUGGGACACAAUCCCGAGGUGUUUUAUCCACCCGAGAUCCGAAGGGCAAUCCACAACGUCCAGUUCAUCCACAGCCACAUGGUCCAGCAGGACAAGUUCGACGAGAACGACGACGACUGGGCGUUCGUGGCGAUGGUUCUAGAUCGCUUGCUGUUGUGGGUCUUCUUCCUAACGUCCAUCAUCGGGACGUUGUUGAUCUUCCUGGAGUCUCCUUAUCUCUUCGACACCACCCAGCCCAUCGACAUCCAGAUAAGCAAAGUGGCGCGCGCUGUUCUCGGCAACGAGGCGCUCUCGUUGCAUAUUUGAGGCAGAUUUUUCAGCCUAGCAUUUUUCUAUUGGUAGAACUGCCCCAAAGGAAGUCAAUUUAUCCUCGUUCUUUGGGUGAAUAGGAGGAGAACAAGCGUUCUGAAAUGGCCCGUGAAGAAAAUGAGGCAAGAUUGAAGUUUUAUGUAUAGCUGAUUCUGAUAUUCAAAUGCGACCUCUAGGUUUUUUUAUCUAUAAUUGAUAUUUUGGAACAACUUGUGCGACUCAAGAGCGAUACGUAUGACUUAGGAGCGGCUAGUGGAGUCCCGGAGCGUUCAGGUCACUUCAGCAGCUGCUGAUGCAGUACAAGAGCGAUUAGUGCAAUUCAGCUGUGGCUAGUGCAGGUCAGAAGCGAUUAGAACAGAUCAGGUGCGGCUAGUUCGGUUCAAGAGCGAUUAGUGCAGAUCAGGUACGGCUAGUCCAGUUCGAAAGCGAUUAGUGCAGACCAGGUGCGGCUAGUUCAGUUCAAAAGCGAUUAGUGCAGAUCAGGUGCGGCUAGUGCAGUUCAAAAGCUAUUAGUGCAGAUCAGGUGCGGCUAGUGCAGUUCAGAAGCGAUUAGAGCAGUUCAGGGGCUACUAGAGCUGGUGUAACCUAAGCUAUCCUUCACGUGACGCUUACUGUAGACUAGCAAUCAAAGUUUAGCAGUUUCGUAUCGUCUGCCGCGAAAUGUUAUGAGAAGCCUAAACGAACUUACGGCGAUAUUUAUGAAAAUUAAAAUACCCUAGAACACUAGAGUAUUCAGAGUAUGAACACUAUGGUACCCUGGUUAUCUAGAGUACGAACAUUAUAGUACACCAACACGGGUCGGUACAUAAUAGUAAUAAAGGUAUAUAUGCAUUUUAUUCCGCAAAUUGAGUCUUAUUUUACCUAGAGACGGUAACGUAAAGAAUUUGAUUAAAGUUAAAUACAUUAAUUAAUAU